AUGGACUCACCAGUUAUUAUAGAUUUCGAAGUUUCCGACGGCAACAUCGACGGGAACGUGCCGUUCUGGCUCCGGGAUGUAUUUGACCGUGCUUUGAACGCCACAGGAUUAAGAGGGCGACUGGCAUCGGAUGAGGCAAUCGCCGGCUUGAUCAAAGUCGACGUGAACCAGCUCAUAGACAAAGACUGUCCCAUCUGCUACGAAAAGUUUUCCUCGGAGCCCAUCGUUGUUGAAGAGAGCAAAGCUGCCGAAAAGACUCAGGCAGAGGCAGAUAUGGCUGAGUUGUUCUUGCGUGAUACCCAGUUUAAACACGAGUUGAACAAGGCCAACGUCAAUUUGGAGCCGUUACAGAAAUCAGCCCAGUUCAGCGACCCGCACAUGUUUUUCCCGACGGAUGUUGGCGGGGCGUCAUAUAGUCGCUUCCCGCAACGCAACCUCUCCACGUUUAAACGUGUCACCAUCGAAGACCAAUUUCCCGGGUACAAGAGCGAAGACAAGGAGAUGAAGGAUAAGCGAAUUGAAAAGUACAAGAAAGAAGGACACAUGGCGGUCAAGAUGCCCGAAUGCGAGCACAUCUUUGGCCUCUCGUGCAUUGUCGAGUGGCUCAAGGCCAAUGUCUCGUGUCCGCUUUGCAGACGAGAAGUCGAAGCUAAGAAGAACGACCCCGCGAGAAUGAAGCGGGAGGCGAUCGAGAACAACAUAGUCGCCAAUUUUAACAAUGAAGAACAGAUGAUCCACCACAUGAUGGAGCAUUCCACCGACGUAUUCAACCCGUUUAGACGCCCGUUCAACCCUGCAAUCACGCCCGUGACGGACUCGUUCAUGCAUCAGGACUGGGCCACGCCGCUGAAUUAUCGUCGCCCCCUGCGAUCGCGCGACCCGAGCAUUGUGCUCCCUCGCAGAUUCCCCUUUAUCGAGCCCGCGGGCGCAGCACGCAGAUUCAACUCGUUGAGGCGCAACACGCGCGAUAACCGCAGAACCAGGAACGUGCGAAGGAGAAAUAAUGAUAGUUCAGUUGCCGUGGCUGAGAUGGAGGGCGAAGGAGAAGGAGACGGGGAAGAUGGGCGAAGGAGAAGGUCGAUGUCGAAUGACUCGUCGCGUAGUGCUCGAAGAGUCAAUUUCUCGCCUCAUACUACGAAUAUUGAUGAUUUGCAUGACGAUUCGAGCGAUCUGGAUAAUAGCAGCAUCGACUCGAGCUCGUCGCCGAACCCGCCGUCGACUGUUGAGCCGCCUGCUAACCCGCCUGCGAGCUCUGCUACGGGCGAAUCUGGUGGCGAUGCAACUCAACCGGUCCAUGAUUUGGACUAA